UUAAUGAAAAGCUACCCAGCAGAAAAGGGUGAGAAUUAAACUUGGAGGAAAGGGCAAAGACUCGGACUUUGGGUGGCUAUUGGUCAAGACUCGGUUUUGUUGUUUCUCGUUUUUCAGCUCCCUUUAAUACCCUUAGAGGGAAUAAUUUCCUAUCGAAUUCCCGUUUGUAUUUUCAAUUUCGGUACAGUUUGAGGGAGGAAAGAGGGAGAGUUGAAAGGAGGAGGGGCUUUGAUUCCCGAGAUGAAUGCAGCAGAUCUGGGGCAAGUGUCAAUUCUCUUAGGCAUACUAAUACCUUUCAAUAUAUUGGAGGAGAAUAACUUUUGGAGAUAAAUGAUAGAUGUAUCAGCCAAAGAGUGUUCAUAAUUCAAGCCUAGUCCAAAAAAAACUCGCUAGUUCAUGGUCAGCAUUUAGAUUGUGUUAUGGACCCAAUCACUGGAGGAAACAGUCACAACAAUGCCAGUCUUGCCUCGAAGCAACGCUUGCGUUGGACACAUGAGCUUCAUGAACGUUUUGUUGAUGCUGUGGCACAACUUGGUGGGCCUGACCGGGCUACACCCAAAGGUGUCCUCAGAGUAAUGGGUGUUCAAGGUCUAACAAUAUAUCAUGUCAAAAGCCAUUUACAGAAAUACCGGCUUGCAAAAUAUCUCCCGGACUCAUCAUCAGAUGGGAAAAAAGCUGAUAAGAAAGAAACUGGGGAUAUGCUAUCAAGUUUGGAUGGUUCAUCUGGGAUGCAAAUAAAUGAAGCCCUCAAGCUGCAGAUGGAGGUGCAGAAGCGACUGCAUGAGCAAUUAGAGGUUCAGAGGCAGCUACAGUUACGGAUAGAAGCCCAGGGCAAAUACUUGAAGAAGAUAAUCGAGGAGCAACAACGACUUGGUGGAGUUGUUUCAGAAACAUCUGGUUCUGGUGUCCCAGGUCCAGCAUCAGGUGACAAUUGCCCUGAUUCUGACAAUAAGACUGACCCAGCAACCCCUGCCCCAACCUCCGAGGGUCCCCUACAAGACAAGGCUGCCAAGGAACGUGCCCCUGCCAGCCUUUCCAUUGAUGAAUCUUUCUCAUCUCACCAUGAACCAUUGACUCCAGAUUCUGGUUGCCAUCUCAGUUCCCCAGCCGAGAGUCCCAAAGGUGAAAGGUUGAUUAAGAAGCAAAGAGUCCUUGUGGGUGGAGCAUAUGCUAAACCAGAAAUGGUGCUUCCACAUCAGAUACUUGAGUCGAGUUGCACCUCAUACCAGCAGCAACACUCCAUUUAUCUGUCUGAACCUUCAUCGGGUAUAUCAAUCAGGAAUGAAGAUCACAUGGAAAAGUUAGGGGCAAACUGAUUAACAUUUUUAAUUUUUUCGUUGUCUGUAGUUUCUUUAGUCAAAAAACUGUUUAUCACUAAUGUUCUGGGAUGAUUAAGUUUCAGCAUGGAGACAUUUCCAUAAGAGAUGAUGUUUUAUUAAAUUCAGAGAAUUGUAGUAAACAGAUGUUGGGAUUUGAUUCAAUCAUCAGGUGCUACUUGUAACAUGGAACACCCAGGUUUCUAAUAAAUGAAAUAUGAAUCCCUUACCAUUCAAA